AAAUCCCAGCGUCAGAAAUAAACCGUAACUUGUUCGCCGUUUUCGGUUUUGCAUAAUUACGAAUGUUUUGUCGAAGCAGCUGCGUCUGUCCUUCACUUUGUCUUCGUGGUUCGAAGAUUUUCUUUUCCUUUUAUUCUUUUUUAUUUCUUUUAUUAUUUUUUUCCCUCUCUCUCAUACUUUAAUACAACACUGGCCACCCGCAGGACUAAACCCGAGUGAUAUGCUGUUAUUUGGGUGAACGGAUUCCACGUUAGCAUGGACCAGCUUCGAGUCAUAUUAUUGUGCUUGACUGUGUUGUGGGAGCUACAAGCAACAUCGACACGGAGACAUGAAGAGGUGUGUCCUGGUACGCAGAAUGGUUUAAGCUCCAGCGGCUCUCAGGAGAAUCAGUACAACCUGAUCAGGGACCGGUACGAUGGCUGCGAGAUCGUCAUGGGAAACCUGGAGAUCACUCAGAUCGAGAGUAACUGGGACUUCUCCUUCCUCAAGACAAUCCGCGAGGUGACUGGAUACGUCCUCAUUGCUAUGAAUCACUUUCAGGAGGUUCCUCUGGGGCAACUGCGGGUCAUCAGAGGAAACAGCUUGUUUGAGAGACGCUUUGCCCUCUCGGUCUUCUUCAACUACCCCAAGGACGGCUCCAAUGGCCUGCGGCAGCUGGGACUCAUGAAUUUGACAGAGAUCCUGGAAGGAGGUGUGCAGAUCAUCAACAACAAAUACCUGAAUUACGGCCCCUGGAUCUUCUGGCAAGACAUCAUCCGGGACAACAGCGCUCCUAUUAACGUCCAGGACAACGGAGAGAGGGGACCGUGCCACAAAUCAUGUGGAGAUUAUUGCUGGGGGCCAAACCAGGAGCAGUGUCAGAUCUUGUCUAAGACGGUGUGCGCUCCGCAGUGUAACGGCCGAUGUUUCGGGACGAGCCCCAGGGACUGCUGCCACGUGGAGUGCGCAGCGGGAUGCAAAGGGCCUCUGGAUGUGGACUGCUUCGCGUGUCGUCAUUUCAACGACUCCGGGGCGUGUGUGCCUCAGUGUCCCCAGACUCUGAUCUAUAACAAGCAGACGUUUCAAAUGGAGACCAACCCCAAUGCCAAAUACCAGUACGGGUCCAUCUGUGUCUCUCAGUGCCCCACUCAUUUCGUGGUGGACGGUAGCUCCUGCGUGAGCGUCUGUCCUCCGGACAAGAUGGAGGUGGAGCGAGAAGGCCAGAGGCAGUGUGAGCUCUGCAGUGGACUCUGCCCGAAAGUGUGCGAAGGCACUGGCGCUGAACACAGACAGACCGUGGACUCCAGCAACAUCGACAGUUUCAUCAACUGCACCAAGAUCCAGGGCAGCCUUCACUUCCUGGUCACAGGGAUUCUUGGAGAUGACUUCAAGAAGAUCCCUCCACUGGACGCCAAAAGGCUGGAAGUGUUCCGCACCGUCAGAGAAAUAACAGAUAUUCUGAACAUCCAGUCGUGGCCCAAAGAGCUGAACGAUCUGUCCGUGUUUUCGAGUCUCACCACCAUUCAGGGGAGGUCACUCUACAAGCGUUUCUCGUUGAUGGUGAUGCACAUCCCCACGCUUACAUCUCUGGGUCUGCGCUCCCUGCGGGAAAUCAGCGAUGGCAGCGUGUACAUCAGCCAGAACGCCAACCUCUGUUACCACCACACUGUGAACUGGACGCAGCUGUUCAGAGGACGCAGGUUCGGAGCCAACAGCCUCAACAACAACAGGCCACUGGCACAGUGUGUUGCAGACGGCCACGUGUGUGACCCGCUUUGUUCGGACUCAGGGUGCUGGGGCCCAGGGCCCGACCACUGCCUUUCCUGUAGGAACUACAGCCGAGACGGCACAUGCGUGGGCAGCUGUGAUUUCUACACAGGGGCUCAAAGGGAAUUCGCUGGGUCUGAUGGCGAGUGUGUCGCCUGUCACCCGGAGUGUAAGCCUCAGAGCGGGAAGGCUAGCUGCACUGGACCGGGUGCAGAUGAGUGUGUCGCGUGCGCCAACCUUCAAGACGGUCCUUACUGCAUGUCCUCUUGUCCCACUGGAGUGAAUGACGGACAGAGGGGACUCAUUUUCAAAUACCCCAACAGAGACGGUCUCUGUAAACCAUGUCACCACAACUGCACGCAGGGAUGCUUCGGCCCGGGAUUAAACGACUGUUUAGAGGCAGCCAGGCUGGCGGUUAGUAGCAGUCAGAUCACAGGCAUAGCUUUAGGCAUCCCCGCCGGCCUGAUUUUCUGCCUGGCGCUGUUUUUCCUGGGCAUCCUGUACCACCGAGGCCUCGCCAUCCGUCGCAAGAGAGCCAUGAGGAGGUACCUGGAGAGCGGAGAGAGCUUUGAGCCCCUGGGUCCUGGAGAGAAAGGCACCAAGGUUCUCGCCCGAAUCCUCAGGCCCUGUGAGCUGAAGAAAAUCAAAGCGCUCGGCUUGGGUGUUUUUGGCACAGUGCACAAGGGCUUUUGGACUCCAGAGGGAGAGACGGUGAAGAUCCCCGUGGCAAUUAAGACCAUCCAGGAUACAUCAGGCCGACAGACCUUCACUGAGAUUACUAACCACAUGCUGUCCAUGGGCAGCCUGGACCACCCUUACAUCGUUAGGCUGCUGGGCAUCUGUCCAGGUGCCAGUCUGCAGCUGGUGACCCAGCUCAGCUCCCAGGGCUCCCUGCUGGAGCACAUCAGGCAGAAUAAGAACAGCCUGGACCCCCAGCGCCUGCUCAACUGGUGUGUGCAGAUCGCUAAGGGUAUGUACUAUCUGGAGGAGCACUGCAUGGUCCACAGGAACCUGGCGGCCAGGAACAUCCUGCUGAAGAACGACUACCAGGUCCAGAUCUCUGACUACGGUGUGGCAGACCUCCUCUUUCCUGACGACAAGAAAUACGUCUACACGGACACAAAGACGCCCAUAAAGUGGAUGGCACUCGAAAGCAUCCUGUUUCGCAGAUAUACACAUCAGAGUGAUGUUUGGAGUUACGGGGUGACAGUGUGGGAGAUGAUGUCAUUCGGGGCAGAGCCGUACGCGUCCGUGCAGCCUCAGGAGGUGCCGAGUCUGCUGGAGAAGGGCGAGCGUCUGUCUCAGCCCCACAUCUGCACCAUAGACGUCUACAUGGUCAUGGUUAAAUGCUGGAUGAUCGACGAGAACAUAAGGCCGACCUUCAAAGAGCUCGCCAGUGACUUUACUCGCAUGGCCAGAGACCCUCCUAGAUACCUCGUCAUCAAGUUGGAAGGAGAAGAAUCUGCGCCGGGUGAGAUCCACCGCAGAGAAUCUGAGCGUGGACUUCUGGAUGCAGAUUUGGAAGAUGAAGACGAGGAGGGGUUGGAGGACGCUCUGGCUACACCUCCUCUACAGCACUCUCCGUCCUGGAGUCUGUCUCGCUCACGGAUUAACUCUUACAGGAGCGGUGCAUCUCAGGCCGGUCCACUUGGAUACUUGCCAAUGACCCCAAGCCCUGCAGACAGCAUCCGGCAGCUGUGGUUUCACAGAUCUCGUCUGAGCUCGGUGAGGACGCUGCCCGAGAGGUCGGAGGUCAGGGCCAGCGGCAGGGAGGCAGAGCCGCGUGACGACGGUUUGCGGACCGGGAGCCUUCACAGGGCCAGGCUCGGAUCGGAGAGGAGUAACCACCCCCGCGCGCCAGCCGGCCGACACAGGAAGCUUUCGACGGCCUCCAGCCCGUCCUCGUACAAGGUGUGGACGGCAGAGGAAGAGGAGGAGGUGGAUCACUAUGGAUACGUCCUGCCUGGAUCACCUGGUACACCGGAGAGAGUCUCCAGAGUGUCUCAUCCCGCACGGAGAAACUCGAGACUCAAGAGCAAUCUUCUUUUCGUGGUGAUAAAUCCAUCCCAGGAGUACGUAAUCAUGGACACAGAGUCUGGGGAUCCUCUGCUCUCCACCUGCAGCGCCGCACCACAGCAGGGAGACGAUGCCACGGUGGCGCUUUGUCGUAAAAUCUCGCCCCUGCCCUCUCCCACCUCCACGCCUCUGUUACCUGCAGAGGACGAGGCACAUGAGGCCUGUGAAGGAGCUGCAGCAGAGCAGAGAGACUCAACAGAGCGACAUCAGCUCAACAUUGACCUUAGCAGUGAGAACAUCAGAGCCACAGACGACCAGGGAGAGGUAGCUCCGGGGGUGGGCAGGUAUGAGUACAUGGACAUCCGGCGCUCCGAUUCCACAGAGGGAGACGAACCAGCGCGGGAGAGACGUGGGAGUCAAACAUCUGCAGCAGAGACAGAUGAAACGGACCGAAUCGUGGAGGUGUUGAAGCCAGACGAGGAAGAAGAAAAGGAGAAGUGCAGCAACACAAAUAAACAAGCCGCUCUUGAGGUGGAUCCGAGCUGUGCGGUCACGGCCGGGCCAGGUGCGCCGACAGCUGGGGGGGAAGAGGCGGAGGAGUACGAGGAAAUGACCAGAUCUGGAGGGGUGCCUAGUGGGUGGGAGCACGCAGAGUAUCAGAACCUCCCCUCAAAAGGGAGGGCUGUUUCUGAGGAGAUGGGCAGCGGCAGGUGUGCGGGGAUCGGGGAAUACAUCAAGGUGUGUUCUGGCAUGGGGGACCCUGGCAGCAACACAUCAUUUGAUAACCCAGACUACUGGCACAGCCGGCUGUUCCUCAAGCCAGAUGCUGUACGCACCUAAUAAUGUGGACUGGGAAUAUUCACAACAGGAACUUGCAAAAAUUCAUUUGAGUAAUUUUAUAAUGUUGGACAUCAUUUUUUGUGUGUUCCUUACAUAUAUAUGUAUAUAUAAACACUCAAGUACAAACACUCUUGAAUCUUAUUUCACAGUUUUAUGCAAUAAAUAAAAUUCAUGAAACCAACUGUGAGACCGUACAAAGCCAUAAAGUAAACAAUUUUGAAUUAACUUUUAGCAUAUUAAGUUUCUGUGGUAGCGUAUAAAUCCAUUAUUUUUUACCGUUCUGUAAGUUGUAGCAGCAGUCUUUCUGUACUUCUUUAUAUUAACAUAAAUUGUAUAAAUUAUCAAGGUUAUUUUUUCAAAUAUCCAGUCAUGUGAUUUGUUCACAGGAGUAUUUUUUACAUGUUGUCAUGAAAUAUGUUUGUAAGAAAAAUUAAAGGAUUUUGUAAAGCCUUGUU